AUGGCGCAGUUUAAAGUGGGUCUUGAAAUACACACCCAAUUACAGACUCUAUACAAACUCUUUUCGAAAUCUCCAAAUACAUCCUCCGUCUUAUCCACAGCUCCCAAUACUACAACGUCCUUCUUCGAUGUGUCUCUCCCAGGUACCCAGCCGCUGUUGAAUAAAGAAUGUCUCUUGAAGACGUUGAAAUUGGCCUCCUCCCUCAACUGCGAAAUCCCCUCCGUAUCAUCCUUUGAUCGGAAACACUACUUUUACGGCGAUCAGCCUCUAGGGUACCAAAUCACCCAGCACUUCCAUCCUAUUGCAAGGAAUGGACGUUUCACCCUGCUGCAGAAACACAACCUGAAGCUCGAUAAAGACCUAAUUGUCCGUAUUCAGCAACUUCAACUAGAACAAGAUACUGGACGGUCAAUCUAUCACAAUAUAAACUCAAAUCUCUCCAAUAUUGACUUCAAUAGGGCUAAUAUCCCCCUAGUGGAAAUGGUUACAAUGCCAGAUUUUGAGAAUAUUGAACAGGUGCGUGCCUUUCUACAAAACUAUAUCAAAUUGGUGCAAAUGUUGGAUGUGUGUUCUGGUGAUUUGGAGACUGGUGCAAUUAGGGUCGAUGUUAACAUCAACGUUGUAGGACACCAGCGAGUGGAAAUUAAAAAUUUACCAACUAUCUCGGCAAUUAUAAACGCCAUCAAAUACGAGGCAAAGAGACAAACCCAGCUUGUCAAAACAGGUCAAGUUCCUAAUGAUAUUGAAACUAGAGGCUGGAAUGGUAAAACAACCUACCAUUUAAGAAGUAAAGAAACCAAUGUAGAUUAUAGGUAUGUCCCCGAUAUGGAAUUGCCAAACAUCAAGCUAAAUAUAGAUUCUUUGCUACCUAAAAUUAAGGAGACAAUGCCGCCAUCAAUAGCAGAACAACUAAAUCACCUUAUGGAUACCUAUAAAUUAAAUACAAGAGAUGCGAGGAUCUUGUUCAAUAGUCCACCGUUGUCCUUGUUCUUUCAAUCGAUUUAUGAGAAUGUCAACCCACUACAUCGGAAUAAGGUAAUCAACUGGAUCGUCCACGAAUUUCUCGGUGCCUUGACUAAAAGUGAAGUUGUGUUUUCCCCAGAUAUAAUCACACUCGAAUCCUUCACACAACUUAUAGAUAACGUCGAAGCUGGUAAUAUCACCAAGUCAAAUGGCAAGUUGCUGCUAUUACACCUAAUCAAUAACAAAGAGGACCAGUCACGUCCUAUUCUCGAAUUGGCCCAGGAAUUCGAUAUGCUGUCCUCAAACACACUGGAUAUUGAUACACUCGUAUCUACAGUUUUGUCCAACAACAAAAAGGUUGUUGACGAAAUACUACAAGGGAAACCAAAAAAAAUCAACUUUCUAAUCGGCCAGUGUAUGCGUGAAUCGGGCGGGAAUAUUCAACCUUCCUUGUUUGAGAGUAAAAUAAAAGAUUGCCUUAAACAAAAAUAA